AUGGUCGAUAUCUCUGUCGAAUCUCUGUCCUCAACCCAAGGCAAGAAGAGGUUGGCAUCGCCUGAUUCAUCCUCAACACUCGCCAAUGAAGAUGAUUCAAGAUCCAAGACUCUGUCACCAAACCCGAGUACAAAGUCAGGGACAGAUGCAGCUGGAUCCUCACAGCCCAACAAAACCUUGGGAAGUGCUGUCAAGAAGGAAUCCAAACCAGGAGUCACAGGUACCAGCUGUGCUAACUGUGGUACUACCAAAACCCCUCUUUGGCGACGCGCCAGCGAUGGACAAACGAUCUGUAAUGCAUGUGGUCUGUACUACAAAGCAAGGAAUCUAACAAGACCACCAUGGCUCAAGCGCAACAUGGGAUGCCCUUCCUACAAUCAACAACAGUCAAAUCGUCAACACCUUGUAUGCGCCAAUUGUCGAACAACCACAACUCCUCUUUGGCGUCGAGAUAGCAGUGGCAAUACGAUCUGCAAUGCGUGCGGACUUUAUUACAAACUGCACAAUGUCCAUCGUCCUGUAACAAUGAAGCGUGCGGUCAUUAGGCGCAGGAAGCGCGUGAUCCCACCUAGCCCA